AUGAAGAAGAAUGAGCGAAACAACAACUUCCACCUCCUGUACAAGAACAAGUACGUAAUAACGGGCGUGACCAUCCUGUCCUUCCUGUUCAUGUUUCAAUACAAGUACCACGAAGUGCUAACCCUACAUGACAACAGUGAAAAUGUCGCACAAAGCACCAAGCUCUUCUGGACCCGCCUUCUCUUCGGACGCACAAGGAGUCGCAUCACAGGGGAAUUAUUAAAAAUUGAAAUUCCAAACUCAUAUAGAUUGUUCAUUUUCAAUUUUUUAAUUAAAUACAUGCAAAUAAAUAAGGAAGAAAUAAAAUACCCAAUAGAGUCCUACAAGUCCAUUGGCGAUUUCUUCUCUCGUUACAUCAGGGAAGAAACCAGACCCAUUGGCGACCUUAGUGAUUACUCCAUGGUGAGUCCAUGCGACAGUGAGUUAAUAGAUUAUGGAGAAUUGACUUCAGAUUAUCUGGAAAAUAUAAAAGGAGUAAAAUUUAAUGUGAAUACUUUUUUAGGAUCCAAUUUCCAAAAGAAAUAUAAUGAUGGAAGUACCAAAUUUUUUUAUGCUAUUUUUUAUUUAAGCCCAAAAAAAUAUCACCAUUUUCAUGCCCCUUUUAAUUUCAAAUACAAAAUUAGGAGACAUAUAUCGGGGGAAUUAUUUCCUGUUUUUCAGGGUAUGUUUAAAAUUAUUAACAACCUCUUUAACAUUAAUGAACGGGUUAUUCUGUCUGGUGAAUGGAAAGGAGGCAAUGUGUAUUAUGCUGCCAUUAGUGCUUACAAUGUAGGCAAUAUUAAAAUCAUUAAUGAUGAAGAACUGGUCACAAAUAAUUUGAGGCAUCAGUUAAGCUACAUGGGCGGAGAUAUCAACACCAGAAUUUUCGACUCUUAUAAAAGUCUCGAGGUGGGAGAAGAAAUUGGGGAGUUCAAAAUGGGCUCAUCCAUUGUUGUUAUAUUUGAAAAUAAAAAGGACUUCGCUUGGAAUGUCAACCCUAAUCAGACCGUCUCCGUGGGACAGAGGCUUGGCGGGGUCGGCGAGCCCGUCCAGGAGAAAAACAGGUUCAUCAAAAUUAGGAGCUGA